AUUAUAGUUAAAUUUGUGCGACUAUGGAAAGUUAUAAAUAAUCUGAACGUGUCUGUAUUAUCAUUAUCCGAGUCUAGGCACGUAGUUUAUUUACUGCAAUCUGUAUACACGUUGAGGUCAUUUUAAUAAAUAUAAAUUAGUUGUCUCAAAAUGAACGAUUGCUUUACAAAACUUUUAUUUCUAUUAGUACCUUUAUUUUGUGUUAACGAAGUGAUAGGUUAUAAAUAUUUAGGGAUAUUCCCUUUUCAAGCUAAAAGCCAUUAUUUUUUGGGAAAUGAGCUGAUGAAAGGAUUGGCCAGGGCUGGCCACGAAGCCACCAUUUUAACUAGCCACGAAGAAAAAAAUCCACCUAACGAUAAUUAUAAACAGAUUAUUUUGGAGGGGUUUUUAGAUCAACAGAAAGUACUUCUAGACAAAUUAAAACACCUCCACACCAACAGCAGUAUUUUCACGAAUCCCGCUAAAGGCUUCUUCACUUUCAUGGAAACCCUCGACUUGAUCACCGAAAUGACGUUGAAUCAUUCGACUACUCAAAAAAUGAUCAAAGAAAAACCCAAAUACGAUGUCGUCAUUAUCACGCAUUUUAAUUUCGAAGCAUUAAAAGCACUAGCUCCACAUUUUGGUGCACAUCAGGUGGUUUUCUUCAAUCUCGGUGCUAGCAAUUGGAUAAAUCAUUUAGUUGGUACUCCUAGUCUUCCUUCUAUAGAUCCGACGUUGAUGUUACAAUAUACAGGACAAAUGGAUUUCAAACAAAGAUUGUUCAACACGAUUUUUUGUACAAUUCAAUAUUUAUAUAACAACUUUGUUGUAUAUCCUCGUCAUAAAGAGCUGGUGCAUAAAUAUAUAUCUGAAGAUCUAGAUUUGGACAAAAUAUUGUACAAUGUUUCUUUGGCUUUAUACAAUUCGCAUGUCAGUUUGGAUAGACCGACCGCCGAAGUACCUUGCACUAAGAAUAUAGGAGGUUUUCAUAUCAGACCCCCGAAGAAACUACCGGAAGAUCUACGAAAGUAUUUAGACGAUGCUAAAGAUGGAGUAAUUUAUUUCAGUAUGGGUUCAACUGUACAAAGCGCAGAUUUUCCUCCGAGGACUAAGGAAGCCAUACUGAAAGCUUUUUCUAAAAGAAAAGAGAAAGUUUUGUGGAAAUUCGAGGAAGAUCUACCAGGGAAGCCUCCAAACGUUAAAAUCGACAAAUGGUUACCUCAAAUGGAUAUAUUAGCACACCCGAAUAUCAAACUUUUCAUAACACAGGGUGGUCUGUUGAGUUUGAUAGAAACCCUUUAUAACGGAGUACCGACGAUAUCGAUACCAGUACUCGGGGAUCAAUUGAAAAACGCCAAAGUGGCUGAAAGUAACGGAUACUCGAAAAUUAUUCAAUUGGGCACGCUGACUGAAGAAGAUUUUAGCGCUGCUAUCGAAGAAGUUAUUUCCAACGAUAAAUAUCGAAAAAACGCUCAAGCGCAGUCUAAACUUUUCUUCGACAGACCUGUGAAACCCAUGGAAGAAGCAGUUUAUUGGUUGGAAUACGUCGUGAGACAUAACGGAGCUCAGCACCUAAGAAUGAAACAUUUAGAUCUAGCUUGGUAUCAAUACUAUAUGCUAGACAUAAUCGGUGCUAUAAUUUUUAUUAUAUUUUUAAUAAUUUUCAUUUUUAUAAAGUUAUUAAGCUGUAUUUUAGGUGCAUGUAUUAAACCUAAAAAUAAAUCAAAGAAGGUUAAAAAACAAUAAAGAAUAUUUUGAGAAUA